AGUGAACCUUGAACUUUGAUUUAUUGCCUUGGAGUGUAUACUAAUUGCAGCUUCUGCUUCCUUUUACUGAAGGUCAUCCACUAAUUUGACACAAAUCGCUGGAAAAUGCUGAAUAAAACAUUAAAGUUUAAAAUCAUUAAAUUAGUGUUUCAAUUUCAGUCAACAUUGCAAGAUUUUUUCUCAUGUCUGUCCAAACUUCAUUUUGAAUGCAAUUCCUUUCCUUAUGUCAUGAACAAUUGCAAGACGAUUCUACUAUUCCUGAUAAAGGCUUUGUACUAUGUAAUUUCUGCAAUACUUUCUUUAAGUUUAUGUUGACAAAUUGUGGGUGCUCCCUUCCAUACACAGGAACGAAGAAGAGCUCAGGAAAGAUGCUAUUGUUGCACUUUGUUGCCUAGUUCAUGCUCUUGUAGAGGACUUCACCAUUUUUAUUCCUUCUAUUUUUUAGAUUAUGGUUAAACAUAGGUUGCAGGUCUGCAUUGAUUUUUUGGGUUCUCCCUAUCACUACUAUGACAAUAUAAAGGCUUAUUCUAAAUUUGUUCUUGAUAAGAUAAUUUUUGUGUAGGUUAAUGAUUGCAGCAGAUUGUGUACCGCCAGUGAGGCUUAUCAACAGAGUACUAAAGAUGAUUGGGCAGAGUGGAUAGGAAUUUCAACAUUGAACUUUUGAAAGAAUCACCUAGUCCAGCAAUAAGAACAUGUACAACACUGGCUCAACUACAGCCUUUUUGUUGGGCGAGAGCUGUUUGCUGCAGGUUUUUUUAGUUGCUGGUCACAACUUAGUGAGGCUAGUACGGAGUUUAGAAAUGACACUUUCUUCUCCAAAUAUCCCACCUGAAAUUCUUGCUACACUUCUUAACUUGGAUGGUGAUGCUGAAUAUUCACUGCUUGCAAACUUGAAAAGGUUGAAUGAUCUUCAAUUGUCAAGGCGAAUUUCCAUUGAAAUCUUGCAUAAUGAUCUUGCACAGACUGCCUCCAAGGCUUAGCUCGAAUGGAAAAAGGGGAUGGAUUUGAGUCUUAGGUCGCAGGUUCAAGCCUACACCAUGCAAAGUGAAGCCCGAUAUUUAAGUGUAGAAGGGUAGAGGGGCGGGUCCAUUAUCC